AUGUGCCUCGGCUUUUUCCGGGGGCUUGGAAAUUCUCUGGGCUCUGAGCUGUCAGUUUUGUCUACAGCGAGAGGCCCCUUUUUUAGUGCCAUCAUCACUCUGUGGCCUGCGUCCGACCUGCAGCCCAUCCAGGAUCCAAAUACAGACAUCGUCACCUUAUCUGACCCAGGAGACCAGAACCAAGAUGGGAUCACGUGGGUGGAUCAGGAACCCACAGAUCAAGAUAGGAAAGUGAUAGCAGGCGAGGCGAUGGACAGGAAGAACGUCUGGGAGCCCAGCUUUUACUACGCACUGGGAAACGAGUCCUUCUACUUUGCCAGUAGUGAAAUCAGCAUCCAAGAGUCUUUGGACACUUAUGGUGCUGUGACCUGUCCCGGAGCCGUAGCUUUGUGCCAGUUCUUGGAGAAUAACCAACAACAAAUGAAUCUGAUGGACAAAACUGUGUUAGAGAUCGGAGCUGGGACUGGCUUGCUCUCCAUUGUGGCCAGUUUAUUGGGUGCGCGGGUGACAGCUACUGACCUGCCAGACAUCUUGCCAAAUCUGACCUACAAUCUUUUGAGGAACACCAAGGGACGCUGUCGCUACACACCUCAGGUGGCUGCCCUUACCUGGGGUCAGAACCUGGAUCGAGACUUCCCCUACGCUGCAUAUCACUAUGAUUACAUCUUUGCAGCUGAUGUGGUCUAUCACCACAACAAUCUAAAGGAACUGCUGGCAACAAUGCAUCACUUCUGCCGAUCAGGAAGUCAAACUACGCUGCUGUGGGCCAAUAAGAUUCGUUUCCCGUCAGACCUGCAGUUCACAGAAUGCUUCAUGAACAGCUUUAAUGCCAUGCUGGUGACGGAUCUGCCACAGCAGCAGAUGAGGAUAUACAAAGCCACGGCGAAGGAGUGA